CUUUUGUCCUGGCCAACUGUAUUUUCAUCACUUAGUAAGCCACCGCAGCGGAUCGACACAGUACGCGACCCGGGUGCACGGACUUAAGUCGUUAUCUGAUACAGUGUUGUGGGAAUAUAGUGACCCUGAAACCAUAUUAGAUACUACCUGGACUGGACUGGAGACAGGUACGACGUUCAGCCGAUACCUAUUAUUGUCAGCAGAUCUAUUACCCUUAACCCGUACACACAUCCCACCCUGCAGGAAUAAUCGACGGUCGAUACAGCGAAGUGAGACAAGUAAACCUAGCCGGUUGUUUCUGUUGGUGAGAACUCGAAAUGGCGUCUGAUGAUGUGGAGAAGAACAACACCGCAGCGCCUCCUGGUGGCGAGGAAGAGACAGGAGAGAAGAGGGAGAUACUGUACACGGUGACGGAGGUACCGCCGUGGUAUCUGUGUAUUCUCCUUGGAUUCCAGCAAUUCCUGACGGCGUUCGGGGCGACGUUCUCCUAUCCAAUCUUGAUGGCGCCGUUCUUGUGUAUGGUGGGAGACUCGGUGGGGCUCAGUGAGCUGAUCGGAACUGUCAUCUUUGUCUCCGGCCUCUCCACCUUGCUGCAGACCACCCUGGGGGUGAGACUCCCUAUCAUUCAGAGCAUCAGCUACUCCUUCAUCACGCCGGUCAUCUCACUCAUGUCCAUCAGUGAGUGGCAGUGCCCAUACACCGACCCAUCAGUGAAUGCAACCAGUCUACCGGAAGUAGGUAGCGAUGGACAUCGCAGCAUGUGGAAGGCCCGUCUGGCGGAGGUGCAAGGUGCUCUGAUGGUGUCAUCGCUGUUUCAAAUUGUGAUUGGCUUCAGCGGGUUGAUGGGAUUGCUGAUGAAUUUCAUUGGUCCCUUGACGAUCACGCCCACUAUCGCUCUCAUUGGCCUGUCCCUGUUUGAGGCCGCCUCCGACAAGGCAAGCACCCAAUGGUGGAUUUCAUUGACGACUGUCGCCUUGAUCGCGGUGUUCUCCCAGUAUCUGCGGAAUGUCCGAGUGCCCUGGGCAGCCUACUCCCGCCGUGAUGGAUGUAGUAGAACCAGCUUGCCAAUCUUCAACCUAUUUCCGGUGCUGCUGGCGAUCGUUUCCGCCUGGGUUCUGUGUGUAAUCCUCACAGUGACAGGUGCGCUCCCCGAUGACCCCAAGGGCUGGGGGUACCAGGCCCGUACUGACACCCGGACAGAAGUCCUCCAUAAAGCGAAAUGGUUCAGAUUCCCCUAUCCAGGGCAGUGGGGUGUGCCGACUGUCAGCGUGGCCGGGGUGUUCGGAAUGCUUGCCGCCCUCCUUGCAUCCAUGAUUGAAUCAGUUGGCGAUUACUACGCAUGCGCAAGGCUAGCUGGAGCACCGCCACCACCAGGGAGCGCUGUGAGUAGAGGUAUCGGCAUGGAGGGGGUCACGUGUCUGAUUGCGGGGGCGUGGGGCACGGGUGGCGGUACCACCUCCUACAGUGAGAACAUCGGAGCUAUUGGUAUUACGAAGGUGGGCAGCCGCGUGGUGAUCCAGGUGGGAGCCGCCAUUAUGAUAGUGCUGGGCUGUUUAGGCAAGUUCGGGGCCCUGUUUGUCACCAUUCCGGAUCCGGUUGUAGGCGGGAUGUUCAUCGUCAUGUUUGGUAUGGUGACUGCUGUUGGAAUCUCCAACCUCCACUUCGUUGACCUCGGCUCCAUCCGGAAUCUCUUCAUCCUGGGGAUUUCUCUCUUCUUUGGCCUCGCCGGCCCUCGCUGGGUCUCGGCAAAUUCCGGCAAAAUUCAAACUGGUAACGAUAUCGCCAACCAGAUCAUCUCGGUGCUACUGGGUACCAGUAUGUUUGUAGGUGGGUUCAUCGCCGCCUUCUUAGACAACACAAUUCCAGGCACUGUCGAAGAGAGGGGGAUAUUAAAAUGGCGGAAGCACGAAGAGUCUUCUUCCGGUGGCGACAGGAGAGAUACACUGGCGGUGUAUGACCUUCCUCUCAUACAGAAAUAUCUCAACAAACUCAAAUUUACAAGAUACAUUCCAUUUUGUCCCCACUUCAUCCUGGACGAACGUGGGUCAUCGUCGUUGGGUGGGUGCUGUCAGCGACGUAAAGGACCCCGGGUUCAGGAAGGCGCGGUGAAUGCUGGGUAUGAAGAUAAUACCCGGAUGUAGCAUCAGCUUUAGGACCAUGUAUACGAUCUGCUUCGUCCACUCGUGUUGUACGGUAUUUAAAAAAUGCCUUGCACUGUGUGUGAGUUCUUUGGAGCAUAAAUCUUCCUUGAGAGGGCCAAUUGAGGAAUGUCGGCGCUUGUGACACAAAGUGAAAGUAUAUCAUUACAAGUUUUAUAUUCCUAUUUUGGAUAAAAUCAGUAACAAAAAGCACUUAA